AUGAAUCUAUUACCAUUGACGUGUAUAUUUUUUACAGUAUUUUCCAAACGUGUCGUGUGUUAUUAUACAAACUGGGCAGGAUACCGUCCGGGCAAAGGAAAAUUCUCAAAAGAAGAUAUUGAUCCAAAUCUAUGUACACAUAUCAUCUAUUCAUUUGCUCAAGUAUCGGGAAAUAGUUUGGCUACAUACGAUGGAAGCGACAAUCGUAAGACGAGCUUAAAAGCUCUAAAUCCAGAUUUAAAAGUUAUAUUAGCCGUGGGAGGAUGGAAUCAUGGAUCCCAACCUUUCACGCAAAUGGUGGCGACACCACAAUCACGAACUGAGUUCGUGAAAAAUUCCUAUAAUUUUAUAAAAGAACAUGGGUUUGAUGGCUUGGAUUUGGACUGGGAAUAUCCAGCUGACCGUGGUAGCCCACCGGAAGAUCGAGAACGUUUUACACUUUUGGCUAAAGAACUGAGUGAAAAAUAUAAACCAGAAGGGCUGUUAUUAUCAGCUGCCGUUCCAGCAACCCCAUGGCGUUAUGAUGCGAGUUAUGAGCCUCAAGUUUAUUUUGUAAAUUUGAUGACGUAUGAUUUUACCGGCGGAUGGGAAGCCACUGCUGGUCACAAUAGUCCAUUAACAAGUCAGAAGCAAACAGUUAAUAAUAUGUUAAGUAAACCCGACUGUACUGCCGAUAAACUCAAUCUCGGAAUGGCAUCUUACGGUAACAGCGCUAUCGGCGGUCCUCAAACUGGCGAAAGUGGCUUCCUCUCAUACUAUGAAGUUUGUGACAAGCUAAAAGCAGGUUGGACAGAAAAAUGGUCCGAUCAACAUAGUGUUCCAUAUGCUUAUUCAGGCAGUGAUUGGGUUGGUUAUGAUAAUCGUGAAAGCAUUGCGCUAAAGAGUGGAAAACGCGCUAUAAACUGGCGAUAA